AUGGUUGCUGAACUUGGACAAUAUGUUCAUGCAAUUGGGACGGAUUUCAGCAAUAUGAUGGAACCCUGGAGUAUCGAAGCGAUCUACAUUGAACCUACAAAGGGACAAUAUGGCGAUCAAAUUGCAGGAGUGGAUGACACGGAACAAGGUUAUUUAGAAGAAGCCUUUGAUCGGGACUAUGAACCUGAAGAUGAAGAUGAACGUGAAUUCAACCUACAUGGACAAUUUGAUCAUAUCAACGACUCCAAAAGAGAAGAGCGCUUGUCAAAUGCAGACAAUGAUGUCAAUGAUAUGCCAGAGCUCACUGUCAGAUUCCAAGGAGAUGAUGUCUAUGAAUCAGAUGAUGAUUUGGGGGAUGAAAGCGAUGAAGAGGAAGAACCUAUUGUGGCCGAUUUGGAUCACCAUCAAGAAAAUGUCGAUAGAGGAAUCGAUGGUAUUGGGAGCCUCGUUACUGAUCUGGAGGACCUACAAGAGCCACCAGAAGAAGAGAUUGUAUUUGAGCCUGAAGAGCCUCAAGUAGCAAAAGUCACUCGAUCUGGGCAGACGUAUGCGCAAGCUGCAAUGUCUGGGCUGAACAUUUCCCAAGUUCCAAAGAGACCAAGAGAAUGGCCUUCAAGCAGGAGUGGCAGUUCUGCCAAUAAGAACAAGAAUCGAAUUGGGAAUGAGAAGAAAGCUGCUUAUGAACAGCAUGACGCCAUUCUGAUCCCUCGUUGCAUUAUGCAGAUCAAGGCCAAGCUCGAUACUGACGAUGGUCUGAACUUCAUCCAACAAUAUUACAUCAAUCAAGGACUGAAGAAGUUUGGUAAUGAUGGAAAGGAUGCUGUAGAUAAGGAAUUGAGACAAAUGCUCUUGAGAGAUUGUUUCACUCCCAAAUUUGUGAAAGACAUGACCGCUUCUGAGCGAAAGAAGGCCCAAUCAGCAAUGAUGUCACUUGCGAAGAAGCAAUUCAAAACAACAAUUAAAGGUCGCCUAGUAUACGGAGGCAAUGAAACUCAUGAAUGGUUGUCGCAAGAGGAUACUGCAAGUCCAACUGCUUUGGAAGAAGCAAUCAUCAAUAAUUGUGUUAUUGAUGCACACAAAGGUAGAGAUAUCAUGUCAAUGGACGUUCCUAACGCUUUCAUUCAAACUUAUAUUCCUGAAGCUAAGGAAGGAGAAGAUCAAAUCUACAUGAAAAUCACUGGCAUGAUGGUCCAGAUAUUGAUUGACAUGGUCCCAGAGUAUUGCAAAUACUUUGUUUUAGAGAACGGAAAGCCUUAA